UAAAAAUCAUCCGGGGCAUCCGCCACCCCCACUCACCAUGUGGCUCCGCCACUGUGUGUAUCCCUAAAAAGCUACUAGAGUUCACUUAAAAAUAUUUUAAAAACCUUAAAGCUUUCACACUCUCUGACUUUAUCUCCCACCCAUCGCUCAUAGUUACUUCCCCUCUCUCCCUUCUUUUGCCAUGGCUGAGCCAAGAACAAAAUACAGUGAAUACAGCUAACAAGAAAUACCAAAACAACGACAAGAACAAACAACAUGAGAGAGCUACAGAGCUUCAAAACGACGUCACUAUAUCAGAACCAUCAAUGGCCACCGGUGGGAGCUCCAACGAAUAUCCGACAAGAGGGGAAAUGGGGAUCUCAGUUCAACGAUCCAGUCAACGCUGUUUCCUUUGGUUUUAUCGCCACCGCCAUUCUCAUCUCAAUGUUCAUCGUCAUGGCCAUCUUCGAAAAUCUUAUUCGAACCACCACUAAUAACUCACAUUCUUCUCCGGGACAGGUCCUUUCGGGUCUAGAGUCACGGGUGGGGCUCAAUGGCCUUGCAUUUUCGAAGUUUGGUUGCGAAUCUCCCAAGAUAGGGGUGUACUCAAAAGGGGUCUCGGUAUUAAUGCCAGGAGACAAUGUACCUACAUUCAUUGCUCACCAUGCACCCGUACCCGCACCUGCACACACAAAGUCCAACACUCAAAGUUCCAGCGCAAACUCCAUUCAAGAAUGUUAACAAUUCUAUAUUUGCAUUAUUAAGUGUUUUGUUCCUCUGUAGCUUCAUCGCUUAGAUUACUAGAGGUUGUUAUGAGUAUCUCGUCGUAUAUAUGUAUUUAUGAUUUGCCAGAUUUUAAAAUUUGUUGAGUUUCAUAUGCUUAUUACAAGAAAAUAAGUUGAAGGGGAGAGAAUGAAUGUGUUUUCACU